AUAAAAGAGAAGAAGAAAUGAAAAUAUCUCGAUUCUAGUCCUUGACCACGCUCCCACCCUUCCAAACGAGAGGCUAGAAUUCAACCGCCCAAAAUCGAGCUCCAUCAAGCCCCCAAUAAUGGCGGCAAUCUCCUCCCUCCAACCAAACCUCAACACCAUCGCUUCCAAGCCGUGGCCGCCAUAUUUAUUCGACACGCGCCGUCGGCUCCACAGAAUUCCCUGGAACUCGCGGCGCAAUCCUCCUCAUGGCGGCGGCGUCAGGAAAUACCCCCUCGUCCGAGCUUACAUGGAGGAAUCCAACACCAUAUCCAGCUUCGCAAAUAAAAUAAUCGGGUCGUUACCCGUGAUUGGGCUGGUGGCCCGGAUUCUCAGCGACGAAGGAGGUGUGGGCGGGGAUAUUGUGGAUUUCGCCGAGUUCAGGCGGCGGGUGGGGAAUAAAUGCUCCGUUAAUGAUUCCAGGGCUUUGUUUGAGUUUCAAGAUCGACGGGGCAAGGCUGGGGACCCUUUGUACGUGCUUUUGUGCUGUUGGGUAGCUGCAGUUGGAGCUGGUUUGCUCAAAUCCGAGGAGAUAUUGGAAGGAAUUGCCAGGCUUCGAGUUUCAAAUGAUAUUGAGUUUGAGGAGGAAAAUUUUAUUGCUAUGAUGAAUAACUCAAGAGAGAGACGUGCAAAACUUAAAGCUCCGGCACCAACUAUUCCAAUGGAAGUUCGAGCUGAAAAGGCUUUAGAAGCUAUAUAUGUUUGCUGUUUUGGGAGGGAUCUUAUAGAGAAAGAAGAUGAGGAAUUGUUAUCCAUCAUACUUAAUGCCGUUUUUCCCACUGUUGGGAGGCCGAUGAUCGAUUCCAUUGUAAAAGAGAAAGCAAAACGAGUUGCUGAUGGAACAGAUGUGAUCUCAAUUCCAGAGGCUAAGCCUUUGCCCAAAGAAGCUGUAGAAAUUCAAAUGAAAGAUUUGCAAUUCCUCAAGAAAAGAGGCAAUAAGUCUUAAUACUGUUUUUCUUUUUUUUUUUUCUUUUUUUU